CUCGGCCGCCAUUACAUAUCUCUCAGCUGCUGGGUCUGUCGUAUCAAAUUGUGCUUGAAGAGUUUCGCCGGUGUGUUUUACUGAUUGAAUUACUAUGGCCACCAAAAGAAUUGCCCAGUCUGCCGUAAAUUGGUCUGCGAUGGCUGAAAAAGUCAGUGAAAGCCAGCGACCCAUGUUCAACGCAUUCAAACUGAAAUCGGACCAAUAUCUGAGAAGAGUUAUGGCUAAUCCCGAGAAGCCACCUGCGAUUGACUGGGCUUAUUACCAAGCUCGUGUUGCUGUACCUGGCCUGGUUGAAUCAUUCAAGAAACAGUAUGAAGCUUUGAAGGUUCCAUACCCUGUAGACAAAGUUACCGGACAGGUUGAUGCCCAAGAGAAAGAGACGGAAAUUAUCAUCAAGGAAUUCAUUGCCCAGUCUAACCGUCGUGUUGCUGAAGCUGAAACUGAGUUGAAGAAGUGGUCUACAGUUCUUCCUUUUGGACAGAUGACAAUGGAGGAUUUUGCUGAGGCCUUCCCUGAACAGGCAUGGAAUGCAGACAAACCCACCUACUGGCCUCAUGAUGAAGCUUCUCAACAACCGCCUGCCAAGGUUGAACAUUAGACAUUCAUGCUGCUGUAAUUAGUUAAAACUCUGGAGUGUAUUGAAGGGACUGAAGAUAGAAUAAAAAAAAAAAACUAAGUAUAAGGAAAA